UGCUGAUAUCAUAAUAAUCACUAGAAAGGCCUAGAAGUCAUGUGUUUGAUUUAUCAGGCAUUCCUCUGUCCGACUGACUGACCCCAUAGUUUAUCCAAAACAUUAUUGAGACUGAGGGCAACAAUGUGAACACCGAUAUUUGCCUGGAGCUGAUGAAUUCGAUUGUCUCCUAUCUUUACCUGGAUUGUCACCUCGUAGUUAAAUUUCCAAGAUGGUGUGUUGCUUGAGUAUGGCCCAAGGGCCAGUGCAAGCCAUCCUGAGACCAGGUCUUUGGUUCCCUGGAGUCAACCGCCUUCAUAGUCAUAGAGAAUGUUGGGAGCUGCCCAUUGAUGUGACACCCAUUCAGUUCAUUGAGAUGAUCACAACUGCUGUUGAUAAGAUUCAAGGAGAGGAUGAAGAAAAGAGAGUCUGCAUGUCCAAACCAACCUAUCAAAUACACAAGACAAACCCAGAAACUGGUUUUGUCCGCAUUUUGUGCUACACCAGAGCUGAAUGGCUAGAUGUCGUGGAAAUACAUUUAUCAACAGGAAAAGUUAUAUCGUUUUCAAGCGGCGUUCUUCCAACAUGGUUUCCGCUGUGUUUUGUAUUCAACUCGCUAUUGUUCUGGUGGCCAUUCUUUGAUUUCUACUUGAACAAGGAAAGACUGGCUAGAAUGAGGACCCUACUUGGCUUCAACCUGACGGCCAGUAUAAAUGACCCAGAGAGCCCAUACAAGCCAAACUCUACUGAACAGCCUCCAUCGGAGACAACCAGCCUCCCAGAGCCAUCAACCAACGACUUGUCUGUUGUCCACAGCGACAGCACACAUGAGGAGAGUGCCAAUAGAGAUGAACAGGCCUAGACAGACUUUGAAAAGGAGAACUCUUGAUGCAUGGGUGGCGAUGCUCCUUUGAGGACGCUGAAUCAACACCACCAACACCAGAAGAACAUGUCUCGACUUAUAACAGAAAUCUUGCGCAUGUGAAACCAGACACAAAACCUGGACACCUCAUUCCAUCUUCUGCCAAGCAAUUGAAUCGAGUUGAAUUUGAUUCAAAAACCUGUAAGGAUUAUUAUUGUGAAGCUUAUUUUAAUAUUUCUGCACGCCUUGUUUGCAGUGGAAGAGACAUGUUGUUCGUCUCUGGGACGGACUGAACCCAAGAUCAUAUACAUAGAGUUUGAUGGAAUGCUUCCAUGUUAUUCAUCCUGCAGUAUUCCCAAAUCCUCACUGGUAACUGCAUCUCAAAAUAUUGAUGAUUCUAUAUCAAUAUUAUAUAAUCUGAUAUUGAAAAUCAGCAAGUCAUUUGUGUUAAAAACACAAUUUUAAAGAUUUUCCAAUUUUGAGAUACAUGUACAAAUAUGCAAUCUUACUGACUUUUCCAAUUAUUUUAACAAUAAUAUCAACGUU